GCAAAAGAGUUUUAAAUGUCCGCCAUGUUGUCCAUGGCGCACUGAACCACCGGUAGGGAGCGGAGCGUCGGAAAAAAACAGUCCGAGAGAGAGCGACCAAGAUCCGGGCCUUCCCCCGGCUCCGUUGGCGACGCCCUAAAUACAAGCUACAACCACUCGAACGUUAGAACCGAGAUAACCGCACAGAAACAUCCAUGACAGCUCCACUCGGUACCGUUUUGAAUAUUAGGAGAUCCGAUAGAUUUAUAUUUCAUCUCGAGUUGUGAAAAAAUGAGUAAAUUGUCGUUUCGGGCGCGAGCGCUGGACGCUACCAAGCCGCUACCCGUCUUCCGUUGUGAGGAUUUACCCGACUUACACGAAUAUGCAUCCAUUAACCGGGCCGUGCCGCAGAUGCCUACGGGGAUGGAGAAAGAAGAGGAAUCGGAACACCAUCUCCAGCGGGCCAUCUCUGCGCAGCAGGUAUAUGGCGAGAAGCGGGACAACAUGGUCAUCCCGGUCCCCGAGGCAGAGAGCAACAUCACCUACUACGAAUCCCUCUACCCCGGGGAGUUCAAGAUGCCAAAGCAGCUAAUUCACAUACAGCCUUUCAGCUUGGACGCAGAGCAGCCCGACUACGACCUGGACUCGGAGGACGAUGCGUUUGUCAACAAGCUGAAAAAGAAGAUGGAGAUCAGCUUCCUGCAGUUCGAGGAGAUGAUCGACCGGCUGGAGAAAGGCAGUGGACAGCAGGCGGUGAGUCUUCCGGAGGCCAAGCUGCUGCUGAAGGAGGACGACGAGCUCAUCAAGGAGGUCUUCGACUACUGGAGCCGCAAGAGGAAAACCAGCAGGGCCAACUGUCUCAUCACCAACGUCAAGCAGGAGAGACGGGACGGUUCCAGCACCAGUGACCCCUAUGUGGCCUUCCGACGGCGCACAGAGAAGAUGCAAACCAGGAAGAACCGUAAGAAUGACGAGGCGUCCUACGAGAAGAUGCUGAAGCUACGCAGGGACCUCAGCCGAGCCGUCACCAUCCUGGAAAUGAUCAAAAGGAGGGAGAAGAGCAAGAGAGAGCUGCUGCACCUCACACUGGAGAUCUUUGAGAAGAGAAACGUCAUGUCGGACUACAGCGGUGAGGUGAUGGCGGAGGUUUUGGCUGAACGGGCGCUGGUGAGGCCGCAGAUCAUUCCCCUGGUCCCCGUCACCAACCAGUACCGACACCAGGACCACAUGGACCUCAAGGACUACAAGUCCAAGCCCGAGAAGACGGAAGUUCCCCGACAGAAGAGGAAGUGCGAGAAGAAGCAGAAGGCGUUGCCUCUCUCGUCGGGCGCCCCCCACCACCCGGGUCCUGUCGUCUUCAAUGCCAAGGACCUCAACCAGUACGACUUCCCCAGCUCGGACGACGAGCCCUUCUCCCAGCUGCACUCAGGCUCAUCAGAAGCAGAGGAGGAGAACGACCCUGAUGGUGCCUACGCCUUUCGCCGCAAGGCAGGCUGCCAUUACCACGCUGCUCGUCAGGACCGUGUGGGCAGCUGGCCGUGGUGCGGACCCUGGGAUGACGGUUUGGCAGAAGCUCGCUUUCGCUACAGUCUCACCACGCUCACCGUGCCGCGGCGCUGCCUUGGCAUGGCUCGACGACGCGUGGGACGAGGCGGCAGGGUGCUGCUGGACAGGGCGCACUCGGACUAUGACAACGUUUUCCACGGACUGGAUCCAGAAAUGCUCGACCUGCCUCUUCCCCCAACUUCUCCUCUUCCUCCUCCUACAACUACUUCACGCACGCCGGCCACCGACAAGUUUGCCAGUACCUCAGAAACAAAUACCUCGGACAGAAGUUCCUCCUCCUUCAACUCCUCUCUUUCCUCCCCCUCUUCCACGGACCUCAGUCAGAUACUGUUGAAUAUAAAGACGUGUCGAUGGAGGCACUUUAGACCACGGACACUACCACUACAUGAGCUGGACAAUGCCCACCCGCUAUUCAGGAAGUUGAGUCAAAGCCUGAAGCGACCCGUCUCUGCCUCCACAGCUGGGGGACAGCCCUUUGGCUCUCAACGCCCGGGGAGGGUUGUCCCUGCACCCGCACCUAUUGCUGCUUUCACAGCCGAACAGUACCAGCAGCAUCAGGAGCAGCUGGCUCUGAUGCAGAAGCAGCAGCUGGAGCAGAUCCAGCUGCAACAGCAAGCCAACAGCACCGCCACUACAAACAGCACAAAGGGCCUGUCGAGUACGCUGGACCAGGCCGGCGCUCAGUUCGCCGCCUCGGCCCUCGUCACUGCCGACAAACUGCUGGCUCUGAAAACAAAGGAGGACCUCCCCCCGGGAGGCGGAGUCAACGGCGUCCUCUCCCCCUCAGGUGUCUACAAGGGCUUGCACCUCUCGAGCACAGCGUCCCCUUCCCCCGUCCUCCCGGCUCCACCCACCUUUGCCCCGUCACCCGCCUUGCUCCACCCCUGCUCCACCUCCGCCACUAGUAACAACAACGGCACCGCCCACCACGCCAACACCACUAACGCCGCCGCCACUCAGGUCCUGCUGGGAAGCAACAGCCUCCGUCUGGGUGCUCCCACCGGCAAGCGCAUCCACGCCCCCCGGACGCUGAGCGCCACCAUGUCGACAUCCGCCUUAAAGCUCGCCGCCGCAACCGCCAACUGUCAGAAACCCAAGGUCCCUACGGCCUCGGCCUCGCCGCUGGACAUAGUGCCCAGGGAGAAUCACGAGCAAGAGAAGCCAGCACUGAACAGUCUAUCAGAGAACACAGUGGCCAUGGAGGUCACGUAGCCUCCCGUCCGCGGCGCCGGGGGAAACGUAACUCCUUUUUCUUGUUGGGUUUUUAUUUUUAACGGUGCUAUGCAUCGUUCGUUAGUGGUGAAAGCAAAGUGGUGGCGGAGUGAGCACGGCAAGGCUGGGUUUCCAUGGCAACUGUUUUGGGACUUAAUUGCAAUGCUCGUCUCGUACAAAUCUUUUUUUCUUCCCCUCCCCCCCCCCCAGCCCCCAUUCCCCUAUUUGUUACUGUUAAUAAGAGAUCGUCUGUAAAUUCUUAAUAUGACAAUUAUAUGUACAGUACUGCAUAUUUGUAAUACCCCCCCCGCCCUUGUUCUUGUAUAUAACAUUACUUGAAUACAGAAUUGUUCAUUUGUGAUGUUUUGCACUCGAGAUAUAAAAAAAAAAAAUUAAAACGACAAACUGCAACUGGUGCGAGCGAGGUGUGAAAGUUGUACGUCAACACACGCAUGGUGCGGAGCCUGCUGUUUGAUCUAUUUAUUGUGCCGUGUUUACAAACGUUCCCCCCCCCCCCCCCCAGCCCUUCAUGUCUUAAAAAACAAAAAAAUAUCCUCCCCCCCCCCCCUUUUUUUUUUUAAUGCACUGUACCCCUCACCGGCCCCCCCCGUGCUGUAGUCAGUGUUUAGCUUAGAUUAAAAAAAAACUGUAUUUUUUUGGAUGUUGUGAACAUGACCGGGAGCUCGGCCUUCCACGAUGUUCCCGUGUGUCAUGUUGGAUCCAUGGAGACGUGCGGGAGGAGGCGCGGGGCGGGAGGAGGCGGGUGUGACUUUGUUUGUCGUAGGCAUCAGUUUGUCGGGGGGUUAAUCAGUUUCCACGAUGAUCUUCCGUACAUAUAAUAUUCCUGAGACGAGUAACAAAACAAUGCUUGUGAUGAUCACGAUAUAAGUUGUUUGAUUUAACGCUGCUUUUCUAUGAUUUUUGGCCUCUGGUUUGCCCCAGAUGGCCUUAUUUACUUUUUACCCCCCCACAUCUUUUUUUUUAUAUCAUUUUUUAAAAUAAAUACUUUUCUAUUUCCCAAUAUAUUUUUUGCAGUUUAUUUUAUUUCCUUUCAGAAACAGAUUCAUUCUUUUGUUACUUGUUGAUCUAAAAAAAAAACUAAAAAAACAAAGGGAGUAAAAAACAAUGCAGUAACUGAAUUAUCAUUCCAGCUUCUACAUAACAGAAGAAGACGUGUAUGAGUCGAGUCGUCUCUACUUGUAAACGCUCCAGAAGGCCGAGAGGCCCUGAACACGUGAUCGGUGCCUUCAUUUGGGAAAAAAGUUUAAACAAACCAACAAAACAAAUGUUUGCUCUCUUCUGUGAAGAGUUUGGUACUGAACAAGGCUACUUGUAGUUUCUCUUUGUCUGUACCACCGGCCCAAUGCCCAUUCCAAUGGCCCAGUUGAUUUCAUGAGUUUGUUUUGUUUUUGUAGACCCUUCCACCCACACACACACACACACACACACACACACAUUCACACACACGGGAAAGACUAAGAAAUCUCUUGAAUUGUCACAAAAUGAAAUAAAAAUCCAGGGCAUUAUG